AUGAAUCCAUCCGCUAUUCACCACACAUUCAGGAGGCUCCAUGCAAUAAACCACUUUGCUUCGCACAACAUCGUCCCACGAUACGCUCAUUCCGCUGCUAAAUUCAAUUGGCAAGACCCACUAGCCACGACGCAUUUAUAUACCCAAGAUGAACUAGCUAUCCAAGAAACUGCAAGGAAAUAUUGCCAGGAAAAACUAGCCCCCAGGGUUCUAGAGGCGUAUCGAAAUGAACAUUACGACAAGAAAAUUAUUCAGGAGAUGGGUGAGCUAGGGCUUCUUGGUGCCACGAUUGAGGGAUAUGGAUGUGCUGGUGCCAGCACUGUGGCCUCUGGUCUCAUCACCAAGGAAGUUGAAAGGGUAGACUCAGGCUACCGAUCUGGCAUGUCUGUGCAAAGCUCACUGAUCAUGACGGGAAUAUACAAAUUUGGCACUCAAGAGCAGAAAGACAAAUACCUUCUAGAUCUUGCUAAGGGCAAGAAAUUAGGCUGCUUCGGAUUGACAGAGCCAAACCAUGGCUCUGACCCAGGCUCAAUGGAGACAGUCGCCAAACCACACCCAACCAAAAAGGGGUACUAUUUAAUCUCAGGCUCAAAAACAUGGAUCACCAACUCUCCAAUUUCCGACUAUUUCCUUGUCUGGGCUAAACUUGAGAGCGUCGGCAAGAUCAAGGGCUUUAUUAUUGAACGAGAUAGCUGUCCACCAGGCACAUUUGAGACACCCAUGAUCAAAAAUAAGACCGCUCUCCGUGCAUCAAUCACCGGUAUGAUUCAAAUGGAUUCUUGUCCGGUACCUGAAACGAAUAUGCUCCCUGAGGUUGAAGGGCUUGUGGGCCCGUUUACCUGUCUGAAUAGCGCAAGACUAGGAAUUGCAUUUGGGUCCAUGGGUGCACUGGAGGACUGUAUUGAUCGCGCGCGCACCUACGCCCUUGAGCGGAAACAGUUUAAAGGAAACCCACUCGUUAGGUAUCAACUCGUGCAAAAAAAGCUCGCAGAUGCUGCUACAGAUGCUGCUUAUGGCACCUUGGCGGCAAUUCACGUUGCCAGGCUUAAUGAUGAGGGGAAGUCUGUACCUGAGAUGAUUUCCAUAGUCAAAAGGCAGAAUUGUGAUCGUGCGUUAGUUGGAGCCAGAACCCUCCAGGAGAUUUUUGGUGGUAAUGCUGUUAGUGAUGAAUACCAUAUCGGCCGUCAUGUAGCAAACCUGUUCGUUACCCAAACAUAUGAAGGGCAAAGCGAUAUCCACAGUUUAAUUAUUGGUCGGGCUAUUACUGGUGUUCAAGCAUUUGCUUGA